UGUUGAGUUCACAAUAACAGCUGGAUUGUCCCCUCUCUCCACGCCCGCCUGUCAUUGUAUGACAGUCACUGAGAGGAAGACAGAGAGAGGAGUCUCCACCGUGCGGUGCCGCGAUCGAUGCGACACACUACACCUGAGGAGUGAACCCUACCUGCGGAGAGUAGACCCUUCUCCACAACCAGCUCGCCAACAUGGGGAUAUCACCGUCCAGUCUCCUGGAUGAAAGAAGAUCCAACUACAUACGAGGUUGUGCAGAGGCAGAGCUGAAAGAGUUCGGUCCCCACUACAGGACACAGUGCUCUGUAGUCUUCUUCUCCGAAGUCCAGGGUGAGCUGGAGAAGCCGAAAGAGAAAAUAAAGCAGCUCCUCAAACAGAGGGGUCCUCCGGAGGCUGGGGAGGUGCUGUAUGAGGAACAAGUCCUCCAUUUUGAGGACACCAGGAAGUGGAAAGAGAGGUACGUGGUGGUGCGUGCCAACUACUGCCUGGAGUGCCACAACAGCUUUGAGACCUUUGUGAAGGGCGUACCCCCGUGCCACAAGCUGCUGCCAACAGGGGGCACUGUGCUCACCACAGAGGAGAAAUACAUGGCCAUGGUGGACAAAUGCUUCCCUGUUUCUGAAACCAACAAUGUAAAUGAGAAGUUUGCCCCUCCUAUAAUCGGCAUGCCUGGACAGUUCCCUGUGUACCUCAGGCUUCCGUACCGUAGGGAUUACUACUUCUGCUUCCGACAGGAGACUCGCCAAGCUGAAUUCCUCUCCAUCCUCUCCGACUGCAUCCGCCACCAGAACCAAGACUUCCUAAAGAAGAAUACAGUUGAGGUGCAGGCCUUCCUCAACGCGGUCCACCUCUACAGACAGGAGAAGGGCAGCUAUGACUCCUGGAACAUGCUGAUUGGAAGUGACGUCAGGGUACUGGCCAACUUGGUUAUGGAGGAGCUGUUGCCCUCUUUGGAAAAGGACAUGCUGCCUCAUCUGAAGGCCAGGAAGACAGAUAGGAAGAGAGUGUGGUUCGCUACGGUAGAAGCGGCCUAUAUCCUGGUGCAGGAGCGUCUGCUUGAGGGUCUGACUGCUCUGAAGGAGGAGUGUAGGACGGCAGCUCACCAGCAGGAGGUGCUGAUACGCUCUGAUAUGGAACAGAUCCUCAACUCCAGAACCUACCUGGAGGGAAAGCUACGAGCCAGUGUAUUAGAGCCUGCAGAAAAGUUCUGUUCGGAGGGCGUGCAGCCCUACCUGGCCUCUGUACUGGAGGAGCUGAUGGGACCAAUCAGCUCAGGGUUCCAGGAAGCACGGCUCUUGAGUGACAGCCAGAUGGACCAACUGUGUCAGGACUUCCAGGAGGGCGGGGUUACCAAUGAACUCAAGCAGGCCCUAGCGAAACUGAGUAGGCCCAAUCUGUUGAGUUGUUACCAGAGGAUCAACUCUCUCCAUGACCAGCUGCACAACCUACAGGAACGCUUUGGCUUCUCCAACAUCAGCAGCCUGGUCCACAGCACCCAGAUAGACCUACAGCAGCUGGUGGAGAAUGCAGCGUACACGUUUCAUCUGCUGCUCUACAAGGACAUAGAGGACAACCCAGGCAACGCAGGCUCUGCCAUGGAGAAGUCCAGGCACAGGGUGCUCAAGCAAUAUGACUAUGACAGCGGUACGGUGAGGAAGAGGAUCCUUCACGAGGCCUUGGUGGAGAUCACUCUGCCUUACAUCAAGAAGAACCUGGCCCCCACUUACAAAACAGAGCUGCAGGGUCUUAAACAGUUAAUCUAUGCAGACUAUUCCAACUUUGUCCAUGUUCACAAUAUCUAUGAGGGCAUUCUGCUGCAGAGUCUGAACAAGGAAGUCAUCAAAGUGGUGGAGGAGGCAGCCAGCCUGAAGAAACACAACCUGUUCACAGACAGCAGAGACCUCCUGAGCCGCUCCAGCCUCCUCUCCACCCCCUCCAUCCCCACCCCAGCAGCCCAGUCAGGGUGCUAGGCUUCCCCAGACAGCUCCAGACCCAGCCUGAGACCUCUACCUAUAUCCAGACCCACCCUGAGACCUCUACCUAUAUCCAGACCCACACUGAGACCCAGCCCCAAGGUGGGGGUGCACAAGGGUAGGGUUGUGGCGGUCAUGACAUUUUGUCAGCCGGUGAUUGUCAAGCAAAUAACUGCUGGUCUCAG